AUGGCAGCUAACCGGGUGGGACGGCGGGUGAAUAAGAUGUGUGGUAGUCCGUCACCGAGUCGCGGCGGAGGCGGCCGGGACCCGGGUCAGAACCUGCAGCGGCGCCAGGAAGAGGAGAUGCCAGAGGAGGUGAACAUUGACGAACUGUUGGACCUGAAGACAGACGAGGAGAGGACGCUCCGACUGCAGGGCAUCCUCGGCUCCUGUAACAAGAACACACAGGUAUUCAUCAGCGAGCUGCUGGUAAAGCUCCAGGGUUUACAGAAGCAGGAGGAGCUGCACAACAACGGUAUCGACCUCCCUCAGCUCCACAUCUGCCCCACCCGCUCCGGGUCUGCUGACAGGGAGGUGCUGCACUGAGACAGCAAGAGAACCCAGACACAUCGCCUGCAACUGGAUCAGAAGGAGCUGUAACGCAACAUAAACACACUUAAAAGUAGCUGAAUCCACCAGAGCUGUCCUGAGACAAACCCGGUGUCACUCCACCCACGUAACCCUCUACUCCAGAGGUGCUGUAACAUGAAUCAAACACAUCUGAAUCCACCUGACUGUUUAUAACAAACACUGAAGAGAAACCUGUUGUUUCACUCAGCAUGGUUUCAUGUUUUCAAUCUUAUCAGUAAAGUUUUCUUCAGGCGUUUUGGAAACACAAGCAGCUGUGGGCUGAAGGGACUUGGUGUCGCUGAUCAGCCCCAGGUCUGAAGCUCCAGGAGCGUUUUCCUCCUGCUGUCAGCAUUGGGCCACAGCCUGUUUGCAGUGUAAACAGCUGAUAUCAGUGUGGACGGCACUCUUCCACACUGUUGCACUGUUCAGUAACAAACAGCAGUUUGAUUUUCUGACCCACAACAAUACACUUUCCUCCAUGUGUUUUUAUACAACAUCAUAGGACACACACUGCCUCCCAGCUGUCCGGCUCUCCUGCUUCACACGUUUCUUUCUUCAGUCUGUGUACAUGAAUUGAAAUAAACCUUUACAUUUGAGACCAGCCGUCCUUCAGACCUCAUCCUGAUCAUUUCUCCCUUCCUGUCAGUAGCGGUGUCGUACUGGCCACAGUAGCAUGUCGGCAUCUUCAUGGAGACUCUGCAGGACUCCUCGGUCACGGCCUCGGCUCAGCUCUGCUAUGUUCUCUCUGGUUUGUCAGUUUGUUGGCCUAGAAUCCAAACCCUGCAUAGGUCACACCUGAGGUUUCAGACCUACAGUGCACCUGCCCCUAGGUGAACCAUGAGUGCAGGUAGAACACUGCAGUGGUGAGUCAUGUCUUUCCUGAG